AUGGUAAAAUUUGGAUCUUCCGAUUUCAAGUCUGAGAUAACACUUGUAGAGGCACGACAGGUUGUGCUCAGGGUAGUCACAAUUGCUUACCUAUGCGGUGUGAACGUUACCAGUAAUGCAUCCAACGGCCUUACGGUUAUCGGACUUCCUCGAUUAACAGAAGAUCUUGAUCUUCAUCCGUCUCUUGCCUUCUGGCCAUUAAAUGGAGAGCAGCUUAUCAUCCUGAGAGCCUUACAGGGCCUUGCCGCUGCGCUGCACUUUUCUACCUCUGUGGCCCUUGUUACUCUAGGGCAGCCUCAACUGUUAGGUUUCUCAGCUAGCCUCAUUUUAGGUGGCAUACUGGUCGACACUAUUGGCUGGCGGUCGGGAUGGUACCUCUGUGGAGGUAUGACCCUAUUGCUAUUUGCCGUCGGAUGGUGGUCUUUACCAAAGCCACACAGCCUAUCCGCCACGAGCAAAUGGCAAAAUAUAAAAACACGAGUUGACUGGGUUGGCGGAUUGCUCGCAUCGUCCUCGAUGAGCCUACUAACAUACUUCUUGGCAUUACUCUUGGCCGUCAGCCUCAGUCUAGUAACUGCCGUUCUUUUUGUUUUCUGGAUGCAUUUUCGGGUCAAGAACGGCCAGGUAGCCCUGAUUCCGAAUGAGCUCUGGAAGAACGCUUCUUUUACCAGCAUAUGUAUCACAGUAGCAUUGUCAUUUGCUGUUCUGAACUCUCUAGAUCUUGUGACGAGCCUUUAUUUUCAAGACAUCGAGCAUCUUUCCGCCCUCGAAGCGGCUAUACGCAUGCUUCCAAGCACUGUGGUUGGCCUCGCUCUCAACAUUUCAACGGGCCUUGUAGUUCACAAGAUCCGUGCCAACUAUCUGAUCCUCAUGCCUUUUUCUGUUGAUGUUCUCUUCACAGUCGGCCUCAUAGUCAUAACAGAGGUUUUUCCGGACGAAAAGCAAGCAAUUGCUGGUGCUGUCUUUAACACUGCUGGGCAGCUUGGCAACACAAUGGGACUAGCUGCCAUGCAGGUCAUCUCAACAUGGGUCACAAAACACGAGAGAGCAAAGUCCGCGGCACAAGCUCUAAUGGAGGGUUACAGAGCGACAUUUUGGACUAUGCUAGCCCUCUUGUUGACAUGUACCAUUGUAGGAGCAGCUGGGCUUCGCCAGGCGGGCAGAAUUGGAUCAAAACAUGAUUGA